UCUUUUGGUUGUAGAAUGAGAGCGCCGGCCGCCCCGGGCGUCACGCUGGUCUUGGCCUGCAGCCUCCUGCUCUGCAGCCUCCUGCUCUUCCCCUUCCUGAGGGGCGAGGCCCUCUGGGGGAAGUCCGAGGACUCGCACGCGCUCAGCCUUUUGGAGGAGAGCCGGCGCCUGGUGGACGUGGCCAUCUACAGCAGGAGGGAGAGAAACCUCAGGAAGAGAGAAAUCGUUUCUCCAUCUCAGCUUCCGUCUUUUCCCAAACGCCCUGAGCCGACAAGCCGGGCUGUUUCCCGAGCAGCAGAGAUCAUGGAGACGUCUGUACGAAGGCUUUACCGGAGGCCGUCACAGCCUCCAACAGAUGCUCUGUCGGAGGAGCUGCUGAGCACCAUCGCCAACGUGUCGGGGUGCCUGCCCCACAUGCUGCCCCCGCAGUGCCCGGACACCUGCCUGGCCGACAAGUACCGGCUCAUCACGGGCGCCUGCAACAACAGAGACCAUCCCCGGUGGGGCGCCUCCAACACGGCCCUGGCCCGGUGGCUGCCGCCCGCAUACGAAGACGGCAUCAGCGAACCCCGAGGCUGGAACCCCGACUUCUUAUACAACGGGGUUCCCCUGCCCCCGGUCCGGGAGGUGACUCGGCAGGUCCUGCAAGUUGCCAACGAGGCCGUGCGGGAGGACGGCCAGUACUCGGACCUGCUGGCGGCGUGGGGGCAGUACAUCGCCCACGACAUCGCCUUCACGCCGCAGGACGCCAGCCAGGCCGCACUCGGGGGCGGCGCCUGCCAGCCGGCCUGCGAGAACCGGAACCCGUGCUUCCCCAUCCAGCUCCUCACCUCCUCAGCCCAGGCCGGCACCACCUGUCUGCCCUUCUACCGGUCGUCGGCCGCCUGCGGCAGCGGGGCCCACGGCGCCCUGUUCGGCCACCUGUCCCCGGGGAACCCGCGGCAGCAGAUGAACGGGCUGACCUCCUUCCUGGACGCGUCCACCGUGUACGGCAGCUCCCCGGCCGCCGAGCAGCAGCUGCGGAACUGGACCAGCGCGGAGGGGCUGCUGCGGGUCAACGCGCGCCACAGCGACGCCGGCCGCGCCCACCUGCCCUUCGUCCCGCCCCGUGCGCCCCGGGCCUGCGCUCCCGAGCCCGGCGCCCCUGGCCGCGCGCCCUGCUUCCUGGCGGGGGACAGCCGUGCCAGCGAGGUCCCCGCCCUGACGGCCCUGCACACGCUGUGGCUGCGGGAGCACAACCGCCUGGCGGCCGCGCUCAAGGCCCUCAACCCGCACUGGAGCGCGGACACCGCCUACCAGGAGGCGCGCAAGGUGGUGGGCGCCCUGCACCAGAUCAUCACUUUGCGGGAUUACGUCCCCAGAAUCCUGGGCCCCCAGGCGUUCGGGCAGCACGUGGGCCCCUACGAGGGCUAUGACUCCGCCGUGGACCCCACCGUGUCCAACGUGUUCACCACGGCUGCCUUCCGCUUCGGCCACGCCACGGUCCACCCCCGGGUGUGGCGGCUGGACGCCCACUUCCGGGAGAUCCUGCCCCCCCUGCUGCUGGGCGACGCCUUCUUCAGCCCCUGGAGGGUCCUUCACGAAGGAGGUGUGGACCCCCUGGUGCGGGGCCUCCUGGCCAGGCCGGCCAAGCUGCCGGCGCCGGGCCAGCUGGUGAGCGAGGAGCUGACCGAGAGGCUGUCGGUGCUGGCGCCCGCCGGGACCUUCGACCUGGCGUCGCUGAACCUGCAGCGGGGCCGGGACCACGGGCUGCCAGGGUACAACGCCUGGCGGGAGUUCUGCGGGCUGCGCAGGCUGCACACCCGGGCUGACCUCGGCAGCGUCAUUGCCAACGGCAGCGUCGCCGACCGGAUCAUGCGCCUGUACCGGCACCCGGACAACGUGGACGUCUGGCUGGGCGGCCUGGCCGAGGACCUGCUGCCGGGCGCGCGGACCGGGCCCCUGUUCGCCUGCCUCAUCGGGAGGCAGAUGAAGGCCCUGAGGGACGGCGACCGGUUUUGGUGGGAACACGGCGGGGUGUUCACGGAGGCGCAGAGGCGGGAGCUGGGGACGCACUCCCUGUCGCGGGUCAUCUGUGACAACACGGGCCUCCCCCGCGUGCCCGCCGACGCCUUCGGCGCUGCCGCGUUCCCCCAGGACUUCACGCCGUGCGAGGGCGUCCCCGGCCUGGACCUGGAGGCCUGGAGGGAAGCUCCCCCAGAGGACGUGUGCGGCCCCCUGGAGCGUGUGGCACACGGGGACGCGGUGCUGUGCGGGCCCCCAGGCCGGCGUGUGCUCGUGUUCUCCUGCCGGCGCGGGUUCCGGCUGCAGGGGCCCCAGCAGCUCGCCUGCUCCCGCCGGGGCCGGGCUGACCAGCCCCCCGAGUGCACAGACGUUGAUGAGUGUGAAGACGAGCGGAGGCCACCCUGCCCGGCGCCCGCCCGCUGCAGGAACACCCAGGGCAGCUUCCGGUGCGAGUGCUCGGAGCCGUACGCGCUGGGAGACGACGGGCGGACCUGUGUCGACUCCGGGCGGCUCCCGAAGGCGUCCUUGGUGUCCAUCGCGCUGGGCGCCCUGCUGGUCUGCGUCCUGGCAGCCGCCGCCUGGACGGUGAUUUGCAGGUGGUCCUCGGUGACGGCGUCUCUGUCCCCAAAUGGCGAUGGUCGUUCCUGGGAAGCCGGUCUGUGACCCGACGAGGACGUCUCGGCCGCGUUCACCGACCUCCCUCUGUCGCUGAGACUC